UCUUAGUAUUUCCUACCUACGAUUUCAUGUAUGAGAUAUGUGUGAGAUAUGAGAUAAUAGUUGGUUUUGAUUUAUGAUUGAUGUGUACUUCUAAACUACCAAUUAGAUGUUUUUCAAAGUUUAAUUAUUUACUCGUUAGCAUUGAACGCAACCAUUAAUUUAUCAACAAUAAUUUUUAAGUAAUUAUUAAAAAUUAUGGCAGCCGGUCCGAUUGCGGAACGUAACCAAGAUGCAACAAUAUAUGUUGGAGGUUUGGAUGACAAAGUUACAGAAUCUCUUAUGUGGGAAUUAUUUGUUCAGUCGGGUCCUGUUGUUAAUGUACACAUGCCAAAAGACAGAGUAACCCAAAUGCAUCAAGGAUAUGGUUUUGUUGAAUUUAUGGGAGAAGAAGAUGCGGAUUAUGCUAUUAAAAUUAUGAAUAUGAUCAAACUUUAUGGCAAACCUAUUCGUGUAAACAAAGCCAGUGCACACCAAAAAAAUUUGGAUGUUGGGGCAAACAUAUUUAUAGGGAAUCUUGAUCCAGAAGUAGAUGAAAAAUUAUUGUACGAUACGUUUAGUGCAUUUGGCGUAAUUUUACAAACACCAAAAAUAAUGAGGGAUCCUGAGACAGGUAAUUCGAAAGGCUUUGCCUUCAUUAAUUUUGCUUCUUUUGAUGCCUCAGAUGCUAGCAUCGAGGCGAUGAAUGGUCAAUAUCUGUGCAAUCGACCGAUAUCUGUGUCUUAUGCAUUUAAACGUGAUGCUAAGGGUGAAAGACAUGGCAGUGCCGCCGAAAGACUCUUAGCUGCGCAAAACCCCCUGAGUCAAGCGGACAGGCCACAUCAAUUGUUUGCGGACGCACCACCUCUGGCGCCGCCACCAAUGCCGAAUUCGAAUGCGAACACACACCAACCGAGCCAUCAUCCUCAGCAUCAUGUAAUGCAUCACGGAAUGGUCGUGCCACCACCGCCGCCGCCAUCUACUCCUGGGCCACCAAUGGGUCAUCCACCUCCACCGCCCGUCCCACCGCCACCGUCCGGUGGAUUUCCACCGGCACCGAACAUUCCUCCGCCUCCUCUACCCCCAAUGUCUAUGGCGGCACAUCCUCCUCUACCACCUGGCAUGCCACCGCCGUUGCCGCCUAUGCCCGUACCGACUUCUCAGGCACAGUCUGCUACCUCCAGGAUGAUGGCACCACCGCCGCCACAUUGGGCCGUGGGAGCACCGCCACAAGGACAAUUUCCACCGCCUCCGCCGCCAUCCUCCAGCGGCGGUCCUCCGCAAUUCCCUGGGCAAUAUCAGCCUUCGCUACCGAGACCACCUCCACCUGCUUGGAGGCAUCCGCCACCGCCUCCUGUUUCGCAGGGUGGUCCACCACCGCCACCGCCACCUCAAUUUCGACCACCCUUCCCGCCAAGAGGACCACCGCCGCCGCCUCCACCACAUGAUGGCAACCAGUAUUAAUUAUAUUUAUCACUCACAUUUAUAUAUUGUGUAGGCAAUAAUACUGAUAAACAACGAUAUAAUUUUGUUUUAUAAUUAUCGACAAAUAUAUUAUCGAUUGAGAGUUCUAUGAUACAUUAAUAAGAAAAUGUGUAUUUUACAAAAUUUCUUCUCAAAAUUAUUCUUAAAUAAACUUUGUUCAUUUAGACAUUGUAA